AUGGGUUCCGUCAACAAUACUCUGAACUAUAAGGCGGGCAUUCUGGAGCUCAAGGAGGCACUCCGUGGCGUGGAGGAAUACCAAAAAAUGCUUCGAGGGCAACAGUACUACUCGUUCGGCCCAGAAAUGACUUGGGCGAGGCGUCGAUGCGCGAUUGCCUGCCGGAAAUACAAUGCUGCUGAGGAUCCCACACGGAGGGAACAGGUUGCGAUGUGGCGAAAUGUCCUCGGAAACACCGAUCCGUUACCACCGCAGGCAGCUACGUUUGAAGAAGACGAUGCUCAAUUCGGUGGCGAUCCCUGGGUGGAAGGUCCCAUUCGCAUCGAUUAUGGCAUCCACGUCACCGUCGGCCGAGAUUCCUUCAUUGGGCCCAACUUUCUGAUACUGGAUACUUGCAAGGUGAGUAUCGGCGCGCGCGUAUUGAUCGGUCCAAAUGUGUCAAUCUACACCGCGACACAUCCUGUGGAUCCAGCGAUACGGCAGGGAAUUAUAGGUCCAGAAAUGGGCAAAGAGAUAAGUAUUGGAGAAGAUUGUUGGAUAGGAGGCGGCGCAUACAUCUUGCCAGGAGUUUCCAUCGGGAGGGGCGUUACGGUGGGCGCCGGCAGUGUGGUAACGAAGAGUGUAGAGCCAUUCACGGUGGUCGCCGGGAAUCCGGCACGUGUCAUCAAGAAGCUGGAGAAUAACUUCAAGGGAGACCUGAGAUAG